CAAUACCCGUUGUUGCUGACCGACAUGGCUGUACAGACGUAUGCUAAAUUACUAUUAAGAGGAUCUCUUCAUAGCCUGCGACUUGGUUCCAGAUUAUCCCCGGCUUUCACAAGUCCCUUCUUGGCACGCAGUCACAGACUUGGACCGGAGGAUGAUGAGUUGUAUCAGCGAACCACUGUAUCCGUGAUGCAAAAAGAUCCUGGCAGCGGGGCGAUCAUUCAUAGCUACAGUCCACGAGGCUUCAACAUUGACGGGAAUCGUGUGUUUGGGCCGUGUGCCGUAUUGCCCCCAGCUAUCCUGCAAUGGAAUGUUGGUAGUUAUGAGGACAUCACAGUAGAGAGCCUUGCUCUGUUUUACAUGGUAGAGCCUCGUAUCGAGGUCCUGGUUCUGGGCACAGGUGGACGGGUGGAGAGGAUCGACCCCAAUGUUCUUUCUUUUCUCAAAAAGAAGGGUAUCGCAGUGGAAGUACAGGAUACGCCCAAUGCAUGUGCAACUUUUAACUUCUUGUCCAGCGAGCGGCGAAUAGCUGCAGCUGCUUUAAUACCUCCCCCACUCAUCUCAAAUGUGGAGUAGUGCCAUUCUGCAGAAAAGAAUGGAUGAUGCCGAAAUAUGACUGUCCCAGACUGGACUGGCUGUAAAAGAAAGAGGACAAACUUUUUUCUUUUCUGCCUGUUAAAUGAGAGGCUGUGCUCUCCCUCCUGCAGACAGACGAGAACUGUUAACAGAGUUUUGGUCAGACAUGUGGUUCAUCUGCUGUGUUAAGAAGAAUUGAUCUUAAACCCGUCCUUCUCUCUGUAUGUGAAUGUAAAAUGUAUGUCUGUCAGUGAAGGAGAGAUCCAGGGUGAAUGGAAAAGAUGGAACACUCUUGGAUUGUGUGUGUGGGGGUGGUAAAGGAAUAAAGCGUGUGUAUAAAAGCGAAUUCGUAUUUAUUUGAACUGACA